AUGAAAUUCUUUUCAAGCGACAUUAUCAUUGACCAGCAUGGCAAAGCUGUCAACUUCAAGAUGCACUCACUACAAAUGCCACAUAUGCGAGCGUUACACUUGGCAUGGAUCUCUUUUAUGGUUGCCUUCUUGGCGUGGUAUUCAAUUCCACCUGUGAUCGAUCAUAUAGCAGAAGACUUAAACAUCCCAUCGGUGGAAGUUUACGAUUCCAAUAUGGCUGCUGUUGCUAUCACUAUUGUUGCACGGCUUUGCAUUGGUCCAUUGUGUGAGCGAUGGGGUCCACGUAGGAUAAUGACUUGCUUGUUGAUCAUUGGUGCUAUCCCAUGCGGUUUAACGGGUCUCUUGACAAACGGCACUGGAUUGAUUGUACUUCGAUGCUUUAUUGGUAUCUUAGGGUCAGCUUUUAUCCCAUGUCAGCUUUGGUCGACAUUGAUGUUUGCACCUUCUGUGGUUGGAACGGCUAAUGCCAUUUCAGCUGGUUGGGGUAAUAUGGGAGCUGGCAUAUCCUACUUGCUCAUUCCAGCUUGCUUCGAUGGCAUUGCAAAGUACACAGGUGCAUCGAUUGCAUGGCGUGUUGUUUUCGUUAUCCCAGCUGGUAUUUGCAUCCUAGUGGGAUGUAUCGAUUACUUUUUCUCGACCGAUACUCCUCACGGCGAUUGGCUAAAGUUGCGACGACAAGAAGCUCAAGAAAACGACGUCGUAUCUGUGAUGGAAGCACCAAGCGACAAUACUACCGCUGAUGGUAUGGCAACGACACCUGCUGUCGGCGUUGACAAAAAGUACCCAGCUUCCAGCUCAUCUAUGCACCAAGAUGAUGCAUCCAUUCAAGAUGUCAAACGCACACAAACAGCUGCAGGCGCAUUGAUGGGUGUAUUUCGCGUGCUUAUCAAGCCCAAUGUGCUUAUCACUGUAUGUUUUUAUGCAUGCUCUUUUGGCACAGAAUUAGCCAUUGAUAACGUUAUUGGACAAGUGUUUCGAUCCAACUUCCAUCUCGAUCCCUCAACAGCAUCAUACAUUGGUUCAAUCUUCGGCCUCCUUAAUCUCUUUUCACGCCUUUCAGGUGGUCUCUUCUCCGAUUUUUGGGCACAUCGACUCUCUUUACCUGGUCGUAUUUUGGCACAAUUCAUUCUCAUGUUGGCUGAAGGUCUUGCGUUAAUUGGCUUCAGCUUUGGAUUGGAUACAAGCCUCGGUGGUGCUAUUGGUAUCAUGGUUGUAUUCAGCUUUUUUGUGCAAGCAGUAUGCGGAUCUACGUUUGGCAUUGUCCCAUUCAUCGAUCCUGCCAAUAAUGGCAAGGUCAUGGGUAUCGUUGGUGCAGGUGGCAACCUUGGUGGUUUAAUAUUUAACCUCAUGUUCCGCCAAUUCCAACCCAACUUCCAUGGCGCGUUCUUGUGUUUGGGAUGCAUCACCACAGGUGUCGCUAUUCUUGGUUGCUCGUUGAUAACAAUACAAGGAAAAUCCAUUUGGCAUUCAUUCAGCAAACUCAAUGCAUAA